UGAUGGGGCAACCGGCGGAGGGUCCAGCCUGAAGACUUCAGGAUCCCGCAUUUACGACUUCAUCGAGAUAAUAGAUCUCGAAACGCGUGCUGCUGGGGAUCAAAAUAUAUCGAGGUAGUGAAAUUAUGGCGGACAGACUGCCCCAUCUUAUUCGUGAAAUUGAAUAUGUUGUCACAGCGCCGUAUAUCCCGGUACUGCAGGACCUUCAAGAGCUCGUGUCAGAUUGCCCGCUGAAUGUGUUGCAAGUAUGGGCGAGUUGCAAACCCUGCCAGGUGGCUCUCCUGGCCCAGAAACUCUUGGAAGCUAUUCCUUGUUCAUCUGCAUCACUGCCGCUGAUAUGCGCGUUUGCACAAGUCCAAGAGUUUUGUGAGAUCUUGGUACAAAAACAACCGGCCUUAUUGGACCAGUUCCUACAAAAGGCAAUCGACGAUAGAGAUUCCCAAUCCUUCCAAACAUGCAUUUCAAUGCUGUCCCACCCGCUACCAAGCGGGAUUGUGCUUCCUGCACGUGUAUCGACUUUCGUCGAGAGACUGGUUCAGAAAAUGGUGGAUAGACCAUCCGCAGAGACAAUUUACCCUUUGUAUCAGGUUAUCGGUAGCAUGCAUGGAAGCUCAAGCCUACUCGCGGCAUUUUCUGAGGAGACUAUGGUCAACUUCCAGACAGAGUGUACGAAAAUCUUGCGAAACUUAGACGACCAUAUGGGAAAUCUACUAUGCCUUGCAACGUUUGCUCGCAUAGCUGCCGCCCGAAUCUCGAAGAACUAUACCAGUCAAGGAAAUGACGGCUUUCCCAAUUGGCUUCAGAAUAUCCGACAGUUCUUCGGACCUAAAAGGUCUUCCAAAACCCUAGAUCUCGUUGUUCUGAGGGUUAUUCUGGCAUGCUCUGCCAAUUUCAGCAUGUCUUCUAAUGAGGCGAUACAAAGCGUUCGCCUGGCAAUGGAAAUAUGCGACGCAGUCGAUUCAGACCAGAGGCGAGCAUGGAUCGAGAAGAACUCUGCUAGGAUCACUAAACUGCGCGAGAAACUUGGAAGAGAGGGCAUUGACAGGAAGCUGCAAGUCAUGGGCCUUGCAUUUCUCGUGUCAUUGCUAUCCAAUGGUCAGCUAUCGGAAGAUCACCGGGCAGCCUGCAAAGAGAUACUACUGUCUCAUGAGGGCAGACGCGCCUUACAGGAACUACCUGAUAACGCUUUCCGGACUUUCGUUUCACAAGCCAUGACUUAUCUGGAUGAUGCUGCUGUAUCUGAUAUACUCCAAUACGCUUUUUCUCUUAUCAAAGAGGACGAAUUUAUGAGCAGUGAUGCUCUUCUCUCAAUACAGAUCAUGUUACGCAUAUUGUCCGCCAUGCGACAAUCGAACCUGGGCCUUCUUGCCCAUUCAACAUCCCGGUUUAUAUCUUCUGAUAUUGGAACUGAACUACUGAGCAGUCGCAUGAAAAGCUUCCCCAUGUCAUGCCAAGCAUGCUGCGAAGGAGUCGAUAUAUGCCGGCCUGCGUUUGUUUCUAUACAGAACUCACUUUUCGUUGACCUCGUGUUUCUCUCCUGCACGUCAACUCUCUCAGACAACUCUAGCUCUACAUCGCCCUCCACUUUUCCAAUGCUAGCUUCCUGUUUCUCUAUGGUCAAGGAAAGCAUAUCCGAAAAGUGCCAUUGUUCGUUCUCGAGCUCCAACCGCUCCAUUCCGAUCAGCAUGCCUCCCAAUACAACAUCUGCAGUCCGUUUCGAAGUCGGCGCAAGCAAGGACUGGAGAGCUAAAAUGGGAGAAAGUCUCAUGGAGAAUGCUUACAGCUCUCAUGAAAGCAUUAUACAAAAAGUUGGAGAGAUAUGUCGCGACUUAGAAUAUCGCUGCCAUAAUGUUGAAGCUCCGUUGAGAGACGUGACAGACCAGCGCGACCAGUUAACGUCGGAAGUCGAAGCGCUGAAAAGGCACAACAGAGAAUUAGGGAUCCGCGUUGAACAAUCAUCUCAUGCAGCUCUUGCGCUCCAGCAGGAAAUGACACGGCUGAAAGAAGAGGCCGACAGUGCAACCGCUCGCUCACAGUAUUUGGCAACUCAGCUUGCUGCUGCGCAGAAAGAACUCGAAGAUGAAAAGCGAGACUCGCAGGAAACUGCUGUCUCUGAGCGAGAAAAGGCUAGGUCUAGAGAACUAGACCUCAUAGCAACCCUCACUGAAAAGGAAGAUAGAGUCGAGGAGUUGCAUAAUGAGCUCAACCAUAGGUCAGCGGAGAAUGAAAGGCUCCGGGAGACUAUCGAAACUCUUUCCGAAAAGAACUCGUCCGGUUCUGAGAUGAUUGCAUCGCUUAGACAGGAAGUCGAUGAGCUCCAACAGUCCGUGGAGAAUAAAACAAGCGAUAACAACCGAAUGGAUUCUGAGAUUAAGGCACUGGUAUCUGACAGAGACAGACUACGUUCUGAGAGGGAUGACUUACAGCAUAAGCUGGAAAUCGAGGUUUCCGAAUCUAAUAGAUUGCGCAUCGCUAUGCGGGAAGAAGAGGAAUCCCACGAGUCUAAGGUCGCAAUGCUCGAACAGCAAUACCAGUCAGAACUAUCUAGAGUAACUGCACAGGCACUACAGGAAACAUCCCGGCUUACGGAAGAAAUUAAUCUCCUUCGAAUAGCCUUGCAAGCGGCUGAGACCAAAGUAUCUUCUGAGCGCAAAGAAAGCAGCAGAAAGAUCAAUAAACUACAACAAAAAAUUGAGGCCCUCCGAAAUGAGCGUGCUGCAAAAGCCCGCGAAUUCUCCGAAGCCCAGGAACAUAUCAGUCGCCUUAUGGGUGUGAUGGGCUUCAAGAAUGACCGAAAAGACACAACAAAGCCAACUAGUAGAGAGGAACGGUCAAAGCCUGCUUUGAAGGCAUCCAAUUUCCGAGAAUCGCUGAACCUAGCUCAAGACAGCGUAAACGAUACAUCGUUCCAGGAAAAUACUCAGCUGGGGGCCUCCUUUGAGUCCACAGCUUCUAGCAACUAUGCACCAACCCCCAAACGAUCAAAAGGCUCCCGCGGGUCACGGGCUUUGUCUCAUGCGUCCUUUGAUGAUGGCUACGAUGACAGACAAAGCCGAAAGUUCCAUUCCUCUGGCUCUCAUUCAGGCACCACACGAAAAGAACGACAUAGAAAGCCUCUCGGAGAAUGCGAUCGAAAUAGCCCCGCGAAAUCCUCACAGAGCACCACCUCCAAAGGAUCCCCAGAUGAAGAAGUAUCCACGCAAUUAGAGAGUCAAAUCUGUACGCAGGUCGAAGAACAGCAACUUGAAAACGCUAGCCUGGGGUUCUCAGACGAAGAUAUAUUCACGAGCAUGGCGGCUAGGCUAACGCAUUGAAUUGGUCUUUCAGAUUGCUGCAUGAAGUCCUCCUAGAUCUUUUUGGAUAAAGAAACAGAUCCCUGUGAAA